UCUUGUGCUUUUUGAAGUGGAACGACCCAAGAGAGAGACAUGAAGAAAGGGCCAGAUGAUGGUGAGUUUUGUCUGGAGUCCCAACAGUCUGUCCUUUAGGGGAACGACCGAUGCGGGAAAAAGAGGGAGAAAGAAAAACAUGAGAGGAUGGGCUCGGGAGAUUGCUGCUCUUGGCUGUGAAACACCUCCCCACUCACAGACAGGCUCUGUCUCCCCGCCCACUCCAUUCUUGUGUGUGUGUGUGCUGCAGAUGUUUUUGCGUGGCGGCUGCUCUGGCUUUUCUGUCACCGCGCAGAGCUGAGAGGAGGAGGAGGAGAGAGCAGCGCAGCAGAGAGAGAGAGUGAGAGUGCGUCCGUGUGCUUGUGUGUGCUAUGCAGGGAUUGCUCUGUCUGGCUGCUGGUGAUUUGGUAGGAGCUUUUGGUGUGUUUAUGUAGACAUCCACCAUUCUGCUGUUGGUUGUGUGUUUAGGUCAGUAAGCCAUCGAGGAGGAGCUCUCAUAAGGUAGAUUGCAUGCUGUUUGCAUUUGACUGCUGCAGGAGACCGCCAGGAAAGGAGGGAGCGGGAACAAGUGAAAGAGAGAGCUGUUACCCUCAAUGUGCAUUGGUCUGUUUAUCUUCUCUACUGCUUGCUAGUGUUUAGCUGUGUGGCUGAUGCGGCAUGUGUCUAUGAGUCAGGCUGAAGCCAUACUGUAAGUGAGGUCACAGCGCUGUAGUGGAGGAGACAAUGCUGGUAAUGAAUGUUCUCUCUGCGUAGGGGACGGACGGUGAGGUGUGCUGGGCUGCUGUGUUCUGAGCAUCAGACUCUGAAUUCCUCUACAGUGGAGGAGCUCCUGGUGGCUUUGUUUCGGUUGCCUGGCGGGACAGAAACAACGGUCUGAUUCAGUGUGGUCUGUGUCAGCCAGAGGCACAAUGCAUGUGUGAGCUGAGCUUGGCAGGUGGCAGGAUUAGUGCUAGAUGUAGUGUGACUGUGGACUGGACACAGACCAUUCAUUCACACAUACUCUCACAUACAGGAGAGUUAGGGACUUAUCACUCGUUCGAUUUCAGUCAUUACAUGCAGCAUUAGAGCAGUGAGUCUGUUAGGCAGGCAGGCAGCUCUCCUUACACCUCAGGCUGCCAUUCCAUUACAGCAGUGUGCUUUUCGGGACUGAGACUCCGAUUUGCUUUUUGUAGCCAGCUGUGGAGCCCCUUGAUUCUCAUACCUGGCUUAUGGUUGAGAGGACAGGUAUUCUAUCUUUGGGGUGCAGAGGGAUAUAGCCCCUAAGCUAUUUGAGAGAGUGAUUUCAGCAGGAUUUUGGAAGACAGGCAUUGAGAUUGAGAUUGGAUCCGCUUGUAAAGCAAGAGCACGGCCAUUGAUAGGUAUUGUGAGGGGUAUAGUAAAGACUCAGUGGUGUGUGAAAUUGGUUGAGGGAUAGUGUGUGUUGGACAGAGUGUCAGACUGUGUGUGUGUGUCCAUUCUCUCACGCGUAAUGCUGUGCCCAGCGUCCUGCCUGCCUCUCCUAAGGGACCUGGCUCAGUGGCGCUGCCUGCUAGGGUGGCACCGCCAACACGGGGUCAGUGCAGGGGUCACUGCAGGGGCUGGGCCGGGGUCAGAGGUUGGGGUUGGGGGAAUGAAUCGGCCCGUCUGCCUCACCAAACCGCAACAUGGGAGCAAGUAUGCGUCAGCCGGAUGCCUGCUGUCCCUCCACCACAGUGAGAAGCCUGAUCACGAGGAGGUGUGUGAAUUCCGUCCCUACACCUGCCCGUGCCCCGGGGCCUCCUGCAAGUGGCAGGGCUCCCUGGAGGCCGUCAUGCCCCACCUGAUGCACGCCCACAAGUCCAUCACCACCCUGCAGGGAGAGGACAUCGUCUUCCUGGCCACAGACAUCAACCUGCCGGGGGCUGUGGACUGGGUCAUGAUGCAGUCCUGCUUCGGACACCACUUCAUGCUGGUCCUGGAGAAGCAAGAGAAGUACGAGGGCCACCAGCAGUUCUUUGCUGUGGUGCUGCUCAUCGGAACGAGGAAGCAGGCCGAGAACUUCGCCUACCGCCUGGAGCUCAACGGGAACCGGCGGCGCCUCACCUGGGAGGCCACGCCCCGCUCCAUCCACGACGGCGUGGCGGCCGCCAUCAUGAACAGCGACUGUCUGGUGUUUGACACGUCCAUCGCUCACCUGUUCGCCGACAACGGCAACCUGGGGAUCAACGUUACCAUCUCCAUGUGCUGAGCGGCUCUGAUGUGGAAACACAGACCCACAGGCUUCUCUCGUUCUCAGACUUACACAUGCGGUGGGCAGAAACCGGUGCACAGUGACUGACUGCUGUGCUGUACCUGCCUCCUGUGUGAUGCAGUAGACUGUGUGUGAGAGGAUAGGUGGAUAUGGAGAGGAUGUGUGUGUUUUGCUGCUUGAGGCUCGUUGGCUCCCCAUAAUGCUUGAAUGGAGACUGGGCUGUAGAGUAGUUUCAGGGUUAGGGUGUUUGCCUGUCCUCUCAUAGUGCUUGAAUGGAGACUGGGCUGUAGAGUAGUUUCAUUGUGUGUGCUGGAGACAGUGUACAGUAACCUACAUGAGGUGGGCUUUUGAUGACUGAUGCUCUAUCCGCCCCCAGGACCCCUCCUCAACCGCUCCCACCCCACUCACCCCUACCUCCUCGUCUGCCCAGCCAACCAGUGCCAGGCAAGAAGGACGGUCAGUCAAUUGGCUGCCACACAGCGGUAUUCAGAGAACCUCCACUUCAUCCGUGAAUAGCCCCUACAGAUGCCGCUUCCUAAUCCUCACAGCGAAAUACGUUUCAGUAAGUUGGUCAGUGGACCAAUCAGGCCUCAGACGCAUAUGGGCAGAGUCGGGACCUGAGAGUGACCAAUGUGCUACCUCGGUCUGGGUUAGUGUGAGCUAAGCUGGGGUUGUUCAUGUCCUCCUAAAGGACUGCACUGACUACUAACCAACUCCUUACUUUUCAGAACCGCAAAACUCAACCGUUUUCAUAAUUAGGCUGUCAAUUAUAACCCCAACCCUGGUGUGUAUAAUACAUAUUGGUGAUAGGUCCUGAUCUGAUUGGAAGUAAAAGACUGCAUGUAUGUCCGCCAUGUAGAAUAAAGACACUGAUCGGGUGUUUUGGCUGUAAGCUCUCGUCAUAAUGCAUCAUAAAGGUUGCAUAAUGCCAUCGUAAGCAUGGUAUCAAACCGGUCAUAAGCACUUUUUGGUGAAACCCCAGGGCCUAGUUAUUCACAUGGAUUCUGUAUUACAAUACAAACAACAAAGGCACAUUACAUCUCCAAAGUCACACGCUCUGUUGCAUAAAACGCUGAUAGAUUGAAGGUUAGUCCCUUUCUUUGGUAAGGUCAGUUGUCAUACACCUGUUUUUCAUUCAUGAAAUUGUCAUGUCAUAUUUAAGAUGGCAUUAUGUUUGUUUUGACACAGAAAUCAUAUUUGUAGUGUGCGAGCCAGUACCACUACGACUACAGGAGACGGUACCACUACUGUUAUGAUUGUGCGUUUUUGUUUCUCUGCAGCCACUCCUCACCAACAGAGAUGAGCAGCAUGGCGGAGGCAUGCGUUUUCUUAUUUGUUCCUCUGUAUGUCUCGUGAAACCGUUUGUUCUGCAGAACCUGGUUUAUCUUCGGUUCUUCCACUCUCUGAUUGACAUACUGUAAUAUGGGGGUAGUUUUGACUCUUCCCCUCUGGUCAGUCAACCCACCACAGCCUUACUUUUGUACGUAACCUAACUAGCACUCCCAAGUUGGGAAGGUGUCUGUGAGGAUGAAGUUAGACUCACUCAGACCCACCCUCAGUGUCUUCAACGGACUCUCAGUUUUUGUGGACUUUGGGGCAAAGUCCCAUGGCAUUGUGGGUAGAAAUGGGAAUUCCAUAGUACUCCAGCCAUGUACCUCGCCUUCACCCGGCGUCAUAGUAACCAAGCAACCAAAAACCCACCUUUUCAUAAAGUACCUCUGAUGACAUUGAUCACAGACAUGUCUGUAACCCAACAGAGUCCCCUCCUGCUCCCAGAGACACUGCAGUAUACCCCAAAUCACCCUCUGCCGAUCAGCUCUGCCCCGUCUUAUAAGUAUUUGUAAUAUGUAAAUGUUGGAUGACCAUAUAUUUUCUAAAAGCUGAUAGGAGGAGAUUCUGUGUUCAGUUGUGUUGAUCUGAGAUGUGUUUGUAUCCACGGUUACUCAAACUGUUGUACAUAGGUUUUGAGGUUAUUUUCAGAGCUGUUGUAACUACCUGCUAUCCUAUUUUAUUCUAGUGGUCAGUGUCCCUGCCAACACACUCUCCUUUGGGCAGGACAGCUCUGCAAUUGCUAUGGCUGAUCUGUAAUAUCAACAAAAAAUGCAUACUGUGACGCUCACCUUUUUGUAACAUGGGCUUGAAGCCUUUAAUGCUGCAUCAGUUAUCAUGAGCCAGAGAGAACUGCGUGGAUUUCAUUCAUUAAUUGUUUAUGGGGCAAUGUGAGAUCAAAUCAAUGAAAACUAAGAGUCAGUGUCCACAAAAUUAGAUUUCAUGGUGCAUUUGUUUCCACUGAAAACAUCUUUAGGUCCAGAUUUCUGCAGUUAUGUUUUGGGGCGGCAGGUAGCCUAGUGGUUAGAGCGUUGGGCACUCAAAUCCCCGAGCUGACGACGUAAAAAAAAAAAAAUCUGUCGUUCUGCCCAUGACAGAGGCAGUUAACACACUGUUCCCCGGUAGGCCGUCAUUGUAAAUAAGAAUUUGUUCUUAACUGACUUGCCUAGUUAAACUAAAUAAAAAUUCUGGGCCCCUGUCCAUCCACGAAAACAAAAAUGGUCCCGUGGCUGAAUGUAGUUGAUGAUUCCUGACCUUGGCUGUCAUUAUGUAGGCUAUAAAAACAUGUCUAACUAUAACUCUUCAUCUGCUUAAGUGUUUUGUUCCGUAUGAUGUGUCAGAACAUUGAACAGAAACACAUUCCCAUCCAGCUGUACAUGUACCUCGGGAAAUACAACCCAUGUCUUGUACAUACACAUGACGUCAUAGACAUCUUUUGUACAGCCAGACCCAAUACUUAUUUUCUCCCAAGUUUAGCCGAAUCCUAUCCUGGGAUGUUUCUAUAACAGCUGUAUGGGUGCAAUUUCUUCACUUAAUUUCAAUUGGGUCCCUAACAAGUAUUUUCUUUGGGACACACACACACACACACACACACACACGUUUUCCUCUCCUGUCCAUCCCAGCCUGGCCUCUGUUAAUCUGGGGCCCGGGUGAAGGCAGCGGUUGACCUCUGACCUGUCUGACAAGUGAAGCUCAGACCCAGAAGUCAUUGAAAAAACGUUGAAUACAUCACAUCACCUAGGUAACUAACAUAGUAUAGCAUUGACGAUCUAUCCAUGCAGCCAGACAACGGGGCGACCAAACUCCCAGUUAUUCGAGUGUGGCUUGUCUGCCUGGCCCCCACUGGAAGAGGAUAAGGGUUAACUUCUAAGGACAAAAUGGUGGCUUGUCUGCCUGGCCCCCCACUGGAAGAGGAUAAGGGUUAACUUCUAAGGACAAAAUGGUGGCUUGUCUGCCUGGCCCCCCACUGGAAGAGGAUAAGGGUUAACUUCUAAGGACAAAAUGGUGGCUUGUCUGCCUGGCCCCCCACUGGAAGAAGAUAAGGGUUAACUUCUAAGGACAAAAUGGAGGCUCGUCCUCUAAUAUCUCUAUACCCCAGUUGGGUUUUUUCAUUGGAGCCCCGGUGUGAUGAGAUUAAUAGAACUGAUGACAUUUACGGUGUUUCACAUGCCAACUAUCGACAGGUUCCUUCACACACUUAACCUCUUAGUGGAAUUAAAACAUUUCCUUAAUGGCAGGAUGUGCUUUACCUCUUUUUCCCUUUUAUGUUUUGACAAAAUGUUAAUUUAUUCUUGAUAUAUAUAUAUAUAUAUAUAUAUGCUUUGUUCUGUCUUAGAUGAUUAACUAUGUUGUGUUUUAAACAUCAUUCAGCGAUACAGAUGAAUUGCAGUUAAAAUCCUGUUGAGCAGGUAUGAGCUAGUGAUCAUGUAAAUACGAUCUUUCUUUGGUCUGAAUUAUUCCUUUUUUUCCCAAAGUAUCUUGUUUGCCUUUGGUUCUUCACUGAAUUACAAAUUGUGUAAUGUUUUGGACAGUCUCUUUUCACCCAAAAUCACCUAUUUUUGGAGCCAAGAGGAAGCUCCUAUCUUGCGUUAUCCAUAUUACUAUGUGUCUCUGUAUCACUUGAAAUCCAAUUUAAAAAAUAAAAUGUUAUUUAUAAGG